UCUCGCCGUUACACGUAACGGACCAAACCCACGUACGUUCAAGUGUCUGCUUGAGAAAGGUUAAGCGCGCUUUAACCGUUAAAGCUAACGGAAUUGUCGAAAGCCUUUACAAUUAUUGUCCUCCAGCUCUCUCGUGUCUGUUUUCAAGUUGAAAAAAAAAAGAGCUUUCACCGAAACUUCACCGGAACCUCCCGGCGAAUUUUACCCGUCUCGGGUCUAUUGGGUCGAUUUCAAGAUUUGGGUCCAACUAACAAUAGAUUUCUUUAAAGGAGGUUUCAUGGUGGAUUCUUACGAGCUAGGGUUAACAGUACGUGAAGUAUAAUUGCAGUACAGGUGUUAUAUUAUAUAUAUGCAGGAAAAGAGUUAUCGGUUAUGGUGACAGUGCUAUGUUUUUAACCUUUCUUUUUGUUUGGCGAAUGCUUGACUUGGUUCAUAUACAUCUGUACCAAGCAGUGGAAGAUUUUUGCACGCUCUUUUGCUUUGGUGGGUGAAGCCGCCAGAGAGUUUAAUCGACAAAAGCCAACAAUUUUUUUAGUAUAUCUCAGACAAGGCAACUAAUGAAAUGUCAGGACCAACUUGGAUUCUUUCUCUCUCAAUUUCUUGAACUUCUAGCGAGUUAAACCUCCGAAAGGGCUUGAGUUGUCUGAUGAGAUUAUUUGGGAGAUUCCAGUCAGGAUAAUAGUUGAAUUCCAAGAGUAUAGCUUAACAGGUGGUGGUGCCUUGUGUUAGAUGGACAUUAGCAGUUUCAGGCCGGGUGAAUCACAUGUGGCACAACAAAGCAGGAGAGAUAAGCUGAGAGUUCAAGCGAGUUCAACUUCAGUUCCGCAUUUAGAUGACUUCCCUAACAAUUUGGAACAGUUGUCGGUCCAUUCUGGGCUAAACCCAGAGCUUGUUCAGGUUCGAAAUGUUAGGAAAGCCAAUGUGCUUUAUGACCCUACUACUACUGCUACUACUAUGUUUUCCUCUGAAAUGCUCAAUUUUGCAUCUAGUUCUAAUAGUAUUUUACCAGCUCAAAGGGAUGCAAUGAUUGAUCAAGAACUAGUCGCAGUACAAACGCGUAGGCCUAUCCCGGGGAUUUCCCCAUUAGCCGAUACGUCUCAUCCAAUUUCUUCCAACUUUAAUACUUCACCUCAAACCAGUGCCAGUGACCCACAAGAGUAUAGCAACUGGAGAAGCAAUGAUUCACAACAGAGUUAUGACUGGAUGGUGAAUUAUGCAAGUGGAUCAGUAGGUAGGGAAAACAAUCAUAAACCUAUUUUUGUUGGGGAUGUCUUGUCAAAUAAUGCAAGGGUAACCAAUAUUUCAACACCUACACGGUCUUUGAAGCCUAACUAUAAUGGAUAUCAAACUGUUCAAUCUUCCUUAGCCAACCCCUCCAGUGAUAUUCCUGCUCAUGAUAACCAAAAGCUCAAUAGGGAGAUGCAAUUGUCUUCCAAUGUGCAUCCACUCUACCGGAAUACACUGGUUGAUGUUGUUACUCCAUCUGCUUCCAUUGGAGGGAAUGAAAGGAUUUUCCUUCCAGAAUAUGGGAAUCAAUCCAGUGCUUUAUAUUUUGAUAAUGCCAAUAGUUGGAUGAAUAGGCCUGUUGACAAUUGCCAUCUAUGGAGUAGUGAAUUGGGUGGUCUUAUUGCAAGGAAGAAUGACCAAGAGUUGAGGACUCUUGCAAGUGAUCCCAAUACUCAGGUUCUAUCUCUGUCUCUUUCAUCAAAUCCGCCAUCUAGAGGUAAUGUAACUCAGUUUGGAGAUGGAUAUGAAUCUGAAAAUUUGCAAUCAAAGUCUAAUGUUCUCAAAGAACCUCAUCAAGAUUCAAAAUUUUUCAAGUCAAAUUAUUUGUGUCCAAUGCCAAAGCCGGCAGCAAUUAUCAGUAGAGGUAGUGGAAAAUCGCUUAAUGAUUCAGUGGGUGCGUCUAAUUAUAAUGUUCUUCGAAAUGCUGGUCCUCUUGGGCCUUUUACUGGAUAUGCAACAAUUCUAACGAGUUCUAAAUUCUUAAAGCCAGCGCAACUGCUGUUAAAUGAGUUCUGUAGUGCAUCAGGUUCAAAACUUACAAAAGCUGGUGAGGAGGGUCGGAGGAUAUCUGAAGCUGAUGCAGAGGCUGGGGCUAAAGGCAAUAACAAUAGUUCCAGUGUCUCAUCAACAACAUUCUAUGGAUCCAAUGAAGCAAGUGGUGAUGUUGCAGGUGCAAGAAGUUCUUGCGAAUCCUACAGGCCGGAGUACCAGCAAAAGAAGGCAAAGCUCCUAUAUUUGCAGGAGGAGGUGUGCAGAAGGUAUAAGCAAUACCACCAGCAGAUGCAGAUGGUGGCUUCAUCCUUUGAAUCAGUUGCAGGCCUCAGUGCUGCUACCCCUUACCUUUCUUUGGCUCUCAAGACAAUAUCAAGGAAUUUUAGGUCCCUAAAACAUGCUAUAUCAGAUCAGCUCAAGCAUGUAACAAGGUCCCUAGGGGAAGAUUUGUUGUCCCCAAAUACAGGUGCUAGCAGUAGCAAAGGUGAUAUGAGUACAUCAAGGCUGAGAUUCAUGGAUCAAGGCUUUCAGAGGAACAAAUCUGGUGGGGCUAAUGUGGGCUUAUUUGAACCCCAACAACACGUCUGGAGGCCCCAAAGGGGUCUACCAGAACGUUCAGUGGCGAUUCUUAGAGCUUGGCUGUUUGAGCAUUUUCUUCAUCCGUACCCCACGGACACGGAUAAGCACAUGUUGGCCACUCAAACUGGGCUAUCUCGAAACCAGGUCUCAAACUGGUUUAUAAAUGCCCGGGUACGGGUUUGGAAACCUAUGGUUGAAGAUAUGCACAUGCUUGAAACCAAAGGUUGGGCAGAAAAUCGAACUUGUGUGAAUAACCUUGAAGGAAAAUGUCCUGAGGGUACUAGCCAGCCAAGUCACGAGCAACCCCCAAAUAAUACAGGUCCAAGCUCCAUACUUAAUAAGCAAUUGGAGGGUACAGGCUCCUCGGCGGGCAGCGGAGAAAAACUGGAUGCAGGGCAGUGGAGUCAGGAGAAACGAACAAGAAUGGAGGUUCAUGGGAACACUAGCAUGGAUGGAUCAGUGAUGAAUUUUCUGCCAUACCAGAGAACUGGAAUUGACAUUGGAGGCCUAGGAGCCGUUUCACUUACACUUGGGUUAAGGCACGGUGUAGAAAAUGCUCAGCAGCAGCAAUUGCAGCAACAUGAGGAUCAACUUAGGCGGCAAUUUGGAGGUCAGAUGAUUCAUGAUUUUGUGGGUUGAUUUAUGUUAUGAAUCUUUCUUUGGAUGGAAGUGAAUAAUUAAGGAGAGGGAGAAGAAAAUGCUCCUUUUCACCAAUGUUAUCUUUGCAUUGGCUAGGAAAAAUGCAUUUGCAAUACUUGGAUUAUCUUUGUCUUGAAGCUUUGAUUUGUUAUUGUAUAUAUGCUUCCUAUCGGUAGCAGAUCUUUUUUUCCAUGAAACAAAGGGCCUGAACUGCCUAUAAACACCAUAAGCAACCCCACCAAGAAGACAAGGAAAGGAUGAUUCAGGCUAGGGGGAGCUUGAAAUGGUUUUUAAUAAUGUGGGAAAGGUAUUGUUAUUAGGUUUUGUGCAAAAUUAGGUGACAUAUAGCCGAUCUAAUUAAAAUACCAAAACCAGUGUAAACGUUUUCAGUUUGAUGUUAUAAUCCAAAAUUCAUUUCUGAUUUGAUGCC